UCGGCACUUCUUAGUUCUUACUUAAAUAUGAGUCUUUUGUUCUUCUCUGACUUGGAAAUUUUCCUUGGUCUCCUUUGGCAGACUCUUCUUCCUACCCCCUCCUGAAUCCCAUCUCCAUUAAAACUCCUCCUCCUCGUAUUUUCCAAUCAUCUCCUCUCCUCCUACUUUUUUGUAAUUAUCGUCCUUGAUUCUUUCUCCGAGGGGGGAGAGAGAGAGAGAGAGAGAGAGAGGAGGGAGGGAAAUGGCGGCCAACAAAUUUGCGACUGUCGUUCACAGAAACACGAACAGGAUGAUAUUCCUUCUAAUAUACACAGCUUUGGAAUGGAUCUUAAUCAUUCUCAUCCUCCUCAAUGCUCUUUUCUCCUACAUGAUCUCCAAGUUCGCGUCUGUCUUCGGUUUGAAGCCCCCCUGCAUCUUCUGCUCGAGGAUCGAUCAUCUCUUCGAGCCAGGAAAGUCCAGGAGCUCCUGGUGCGAUUUCCUCUGCGAGUCUCAUGCCGGAGAAGUCUCCAAGCUUGGGUUUUGCUCCAACCACCGCCGGCUUGCGGACGCCGGCGAUAUGUGCGAGGACUGCGCCGCCUCCAAACCCGGCGAGGCAGAUCGGAGCGUUCCUCUGCUGUCGUGGAUGAAGCGGAGCGAGCAAGGGGAGAAGGAUCUGCGAUGCUCUUGCUGCGGCGUAGCGCUGGAGAGCGGCUUCUAUUCUCCCUAUUUGCUUCUCAAGACCGAAUCUUGGAAUGUUUUGGAGUUCGCUCCCAGAGAUAAAUCGGAGAAAGGCCAGGGAUUUGGAUUCGAGGAGACGAAGCAGGGAAAAGAGCAGAAAGAAGAAGAAGAAGAAAAAGGUGAGGCAUUUCUUCCUUCUCCUCGUGCUGUAGUGGAGGAUGCAUCAGUGGAUAUCCUCUCCCCUCGUGUGGAGAAAAUGGUUGAUUUGGAACGGAUUCUUCCCAUUGAAUUGAUCGAUUCCUCCACUAUGGUAAAGUAUCAGGCACUUGAGAUUCUAAUAAAAGUUGCAGAGAAUGAAAGCACGGCGGUUCCAUGUUCUGAAAUGCAGGAAGGUCAAAACCAUUCUUAUAUUCUUGUUCCAACCGAGGAGCCCUGCGAUGAUUUCUCAACAAAUGCGAAAAAUGCCGAUGUGGUAGAAUUCGAAGAGCAACAAGCUUCUGAAGAUGGAAAAGGAAAAGAUGAAGCUAACUGUGAAAUAUCCAUAGGAAGUGACAUUUGUGACCAGGAACUAAUUGAGCCUCCUCAAUCCCAGUCCGCUUCAAUAGGUCAUCAAAAUCUGAAUGUUCUGAAUGAAACUACUCAUGAUGACCCAGCAGUAACCGAAACUGAACCAUCAGAACAACCUUCUAGACGAGCGAAACACCUUAGGAUCUGUCCAGUUCUUUCUGAAAUUGAAGAGGAGAGAAUAAUGCCUGAGACGCCUACAACUCCUAAUUAUAUAGAAAGUUUUCCUGUUCUGCACAAGAGGUUUCUGUUAGAAAGGAGAGAAUCUGGAACUGAGUCUUUAGAUGGAAGCAUUGCGAGUGAUAUUGACAAUCUCGAGCCACCCACCAUAGAUCGUCUCAAAACUGCUCUGAAAUCCGAACGAAGGGCUCUUAUUGCGUUAUAUGGUGAACUGGAAGAAGAAAGGAGCGCUUCUGCUAUAGCUGCGAACCAGACAAUGGCAAUGAUAACCAGGCUUCAAGAAGAGAAGGCUGCUAUGCAGAUGGAAGCACUGCAAUAUCAGAGGAUGAUGGAGGAGCAAUCGGAGUAUGAUCAGGAGGCAUUGCAGCUCCUCAAUGAGCUAAUGAUGAAGAGAGAGAAGGAGAAGCAGGAGUUGAAGAAGGAGCUCGAGGUAUAUCAACAUAAGGUUCGUGCUUAUGAGACAAUUGAGAGAAGGAAAAUGCCAAAGGGAAGCAGGAGUGGAACUUCUUCAAGUGCCGAAGAGAGUGACGAAAUCUCACUUGAAUCUCAGGAAGGUGAGGAUGGUAAUCAGAAUUCUAUGGAAGAUGACGAUGCUGUUAACAAUCUCAUUAUCCUGGAUAAAUCCUUAGCUGAAUUUGAGGAGGAGAGGGUUGCCAUACUUGAGCAGCUAAAGGCAUUGGAGGAAAAACUUUUCACGAUAGAUGAUGAGGAUGACUCUUUUAAUUCAAAACAUAUGAAGCAAUUACCAAUCGAAAAUGGCCAUGGGAUCAAUGGAGAUUGUGAAUAUGGAUUUGUAAAUGGUUCUUUAGAUUCUUUGGAUGCAAAUGGAUGUCUUGAUCUUGAUCAAAAGGGUGGCGAGAUUGAAGGGAAGAGGCUUCUCCCCCUCUUUGAUGCCAUUAGCUUAGAAAAUGAAGAUGAGCCUAGCAUCAACCACAAGAGUCUGGCUAUUUCUGAGGAGGUUGAUCUUGUCUAUGAGAGACUACAGGCUCUCGAAGCAGACCGUGAAUUUCUCAAGCAUUGUAUGUCUUCCUUAAAGAAAGGAGAAAGAGGAAUAGAUCUCCUUCAAGAAAUCCUUCUUCAUCUUCGUGAUUUAAGAUCUGUGGAGCUUCGUUCAAGGCAUAUUGAUGCCUAAUUUCAAUUCCUUCUGUUAAGUCAUUUGCUUGUUUUGCUUCUGGUUUUGUAUAGUUUAUAGCUUUUUUUUAUUAGGAAGAGGAAGGAGGAGGAGGAAAGGAGGCUCCUUGCACAGCUCUAUGCUUUGCUUUUCUUGCUUUAUUCAAUGUAAGCUUGGUCCCAUCACCGGCGUUCAUGGAUGAAUGUUUGGUGUCUGAUCAGGCCGUGGAGGGUGGCCGGCAAGUGGGCCACUCAAAUGAUGUGGCUGUGGCGGCAAUCAUGGCUUGCAAAGCUGGCCAUGUAGCCAUGUUUCCUCUUGACAGGUACAGAAAUAGUCUCAAAGAAGGAAAGAAGGUUGGUUGAGUGGAGUUCCCUUUGUUCUUUUAUUAUUAGAUUCUUUUUUUUUUAAUUUUUUUAUUGUGUUUCUUUUUUCAGAAUCUUUCUAGUGUUUUACUGUAA